UAUUUUACUAUCAAUAUCAGUAUUGUUUUGCUGAUUUUAAAUUGUUUGAUUUGUGUUUAAGGUUUAUUGAGCAUGGAGUUUCGAUUCAAAACCAUUGUUGUUAAUUACUGGUAUUAUUAUUGAACGCAAGGCGCGAGUCUGUCACCUAGUUGCAAUUUAAACUACCAUAAUUUUGAAUGCAUUAAUUCAAGUUUGUUUGGUGAAACGAAAACUUCCCCAACUUAAGUUACUCUGGUCGUAAAGUGUAACAUUUCAUUGUUUAAUUGAGAGGUUGUAAUAACAGAAGACUUAAAAAGUGUAACUCUCCCAAUAAUGUCACACACUAUAAAUAGUUUCUUUCUUCUGAUUUCUCAAGACCAUCUCAAAUAAUCUGCUCUUCUCUAUAUAGAAAAAUAAUAAAAGAAAGGAUAUAGCCAUCGCUAUGGAAGGUACAAAUCAAGCUUCUUUCUCCAUGAUUCUAGUCGUGGCUCUGUGUGCCACUACUCUAUUGAGGCCGGGGAUAGCCGAGGUGCUCGUGACAUCUCGAUUUCCUUCCAUUCCUGGUUCUCCAAUUGAUCUCACAAAAUGUUGGUCAUCGAUCUUCAACGUUCAAGGUUGCAAUAUCGAAAUCUUAAAAUCUGCUUUAACCGGUAAGUUUGAAAAUGUUGGACCAACAUGCUGCAAGGCGUUUACGGAAUUGGAUGCAAAGUGUUGGCCAAAAAUAUUUCCGUUGAAUCCGUUAUUCCCUCCUCUUCUCAAGGAUGGUUGCUCUCGCAUCAUGGCAGGUGCACCCGCACACACGACACCUCAAUUCCUUGUCAUCCCUGGGUUUCCUAUUCCUGGUUCUCCGGUCGAUCUCACAAAAUGUUUGUCAUCACUUGUUAGCGUUCAAGGUUGCGUAACUGAAAUCUACAAAUCAGUUUUCACACGGAAGUUUGAUAAUGUUGGACCAAUGUGUUGCAAGGCGUUGUCGGCAAUGGAUGCAAAAUGUUGGCCACAAAUGUUUCCACUAAAUCCGUUCUUCCCUCCUCUUCUCAAAAACGAAUGUUCUCGCAUCAACACAGCCGCUCCUACACACAAAUGAAGUAGCUAUGGGACCAUCAUUUCACAAUGUUUUAAAUUAGGCUUAUUAUAUUCAUGAAUUUUCUCUAUUCCAAAUGUUGGCUUGUUGGUUGUUGGGUUGUUCUAGGUUUUAUUUUCUACAAUAAUAUUUAAAAAAAUCAAGUUUC